AUGUGGGCUGGACUGUUCCUCGGGGCAGCCUGCGUCGUGCUCCUGCAGCCGGGGAGCCCGGCCCGAGGUUACCCCGCGAGGAAGCCGGUCGAGAGACGUCGACUGGGCCCCCAUGUCUGCCUCUCAGGGUUCGGGAGUGGCUGCUGCCCUGGAUGGGCACCCUCCAUGGGCAGUGGGCACUGCACUCUUCCCCUCUGCUCCUUUGGCUGUGGGAAUGGCAUCUGCAUUGCUCCCAACCUCUGCUCCUGCCAGCAUGGAGAGCAAGGGGCCACCUGCCCAGCCAAUAGAGCUUGUGGGGAGUAUGGCUGUGACCUUGCCUGCAACCAUGGUGGCUGCCAGGAGGUGGCUAGAGUGUGUCCUGUGGGCUUCUCCAUGACAGAGACAGCUGUGGGCAUCAGAUGUACAGACAUCGAUGAAUGUUUAAGUGCCUCUUGUGAGGGCCUCUGUGUGAACACGGAAGGUGGCUUUGUGUGUGAGUGCGGGCCAGGCAUGCAGCUGUCUGCCAAUCGCCACAGCUGCCAAGACACGGACGAAUGCCUGGGGACCCCGUGCCAGCAGAGGUGCAAGAACAGCUUGGGUAGCUACAGAUGCUCCUGUCGAACAGGCUUCCAUCUCCAUGGCAACCGCCACUCCUGCGUAGACGUGAAUGAAUGUCGGAGGCCGCUAGAGAGGAGAGUCUGCCAUCAUUCCUGCCAGAACACCGUGGGCAGCUUCCUGUGCACGUGCAGGCCUGGCUACAGGCUCCGGGCUGACCAUGUGUCCUGCGAAGCUUUCCCCAAGGCCAUGCUGGCGCCCUCGGCUAUCCUGCAGCCUCCAGAACAGUCACCUCCCAUGUUGGUUCUGCUGGAGACAGGCCGACCUCCGCACUCCCCUGGACAUAGCCCACCUUCAGGGGCACCUGGGCUUCCCGCUGGAGUCAGGACCACCCACCUGCCGUCUCCCACACAUGCUCCACCAGCAUCCUUGCUGUCCACCCCAGUGGCCUCCCCAUCGGGGACCCGAAUGCCAGCCUCACACCUCUCUGAGAAGGCGCUGCAUCCCCCAUCUUUGCCCGGGGGCCCUGCAGCCACAUCACUGGCCCCAGCACCCUCUGUCUGCUGGCACCUGGGGACCAUGUACGAGUCGGGGAGCCGCUGGACGCAGCCCGGGUGUUCCCAGUGCUGCUGCGAGGAUGGAAAGGUGGCCUGUGAGAAGGUGACAUGUGACACUGCGUGUUCUCACCCGAUUCCACCCCCAGAUGAGGGCUGCUGCCCCUCCUGCACAGGCUGUCUGCACAAUGGCAUCCUGCAUUCCGAGGGGGAGGUGUUCUCUCCCCCCAAUGAGAACUGCACACUCUGUGUCUGCCUGGCUGGAAACGUGUCCUGCAUUUCCCCUGAGUGUCCUCCUGGUGCCUGCCAGCCCUCCCCUCCAUCAGAAUGCUGCCCAUGUGCUCCAGUGCGGUGCUACUUCCAUGGUCGGUGGUACGCGGAUGGCGCCGUGUUCAGCGGGGGUGGUGACGAGUGCACCAUCUGUGUGUGCCAGAAAGGGGAAGUAGAAUGUUCCUUCACCCCCUGCCCCGAGCUGGACUGUCCCCGCCAGGACUGGAGGCUGGACCCAGGCCAGUGCUGUUUCACGUGCAGGGAACCCACACCAAAGGCAGGCUGCUCUCUGGACGACAACGGGGUGGAGUUUCCGGUGGGACAGAUCUGGUCUCCGGGUGACCCCUGUGAGUUAUGCAUCUGCCAGGCAGAUGGUUCUGUGAGCUGCAAGAGGACAGAGUGCUUGGACUCCUGCCCACACCCCAUCCGGAUCCCUGGACAGUGCUGUCCGGACUGCUCAGCAGGCUGUACCUAUGCGGGCAGAGUCUUCUAUAACAAUGAGACCUUCCCCUCAGCGCUGGACCCGUGUCUCAGCUGCAUCUGCCUGCUAGGCUCUGUUGCCUGCUCACACGUGGACUGUCCCAUCAGCUGUACGUACCCCUUCCACCCGGAUGGUGCUUGCUGCCCCGUGUGCCUAGACUGCAACUACGAGGGACGGAAGGUGGCCAACGGGCAGGUGUUCUCGUCAGAUGAUGAGCCCUGCACCCAGUGCACGUGCCAGCUGGGAGAGGUGAGCUGUGAGAGGGUCCCCUGCCUGCAGGCCUGCUCGGACCCUGCUGCACCCCCUGGGGACUGCUGCUCCUCCUGUCCAGAUGCCUUGUUUCUUCUGUCCCCUCCUGAAGACGCGGCAUUUGACAAAGGUGCCCGGACUCCCCGUGAAGAUCCUGAGCCCUCACAGAACUGCAGUUCUUGCUCUGGUCCCCCAGCAGAGCUGCCCCCAAGGUCAGCACCUCAGCUGCUCCACCUCCUCUUCAGAGCAAACUUGUCUCAUGGGCAGACACCACCCAGCAGCCUCCCAUGGAAGGCAGAGAUUACAUUCUCAGGGGGGCCUAGGACCUCGAAGCCUCCUCAGCCAUCAUCAGAAGCCACCACUCUACUUCCGGCUGCACUGGGGACUCUGGGGCCACAUCCUCCCUCUCAUGGGGAGCCCCCCGACACAGCCGCCACAGUGUGGACACUGACCCAACCUCCCUCCACGCUGACUGGCACUGCAGCUCUUUCCUCCACAGCCCCCAGGCCCUCACAGACCCUCCGCAGCCUUCUCAGGCCGCCCAGAUUCUCCCCCACAACUUCCGGACCCCCUGCAGAUCUGGCCAGGCCCACAACAGGGACCCCAAAAGAUGAGGAGGAAGUGGAGAGGCCCACCAAGUAAUCAGGGUAUGGAGGGGCACCCCACACUGACAGCUCUGCUGGCAGAGGCUGAGGUCCCCAGGCCACUCCCCUGGGG